UUUUGGCGGUCGACCAAAACCUUAAAUAUGGAGACUUUGCCUCUUCGACUCGCUCCUUCAUUCUUCGCUGUUCUUUACAUCCCCCUACGAGCGAACGAUACCUGGUACAACUACGAAUACAGCAUGAUGUUGGUAAUGUCUUUUCAGGAACCACUUUCCGUCAUUUUGGCUAGAGCCGGCAUCGUAGGUCUUACCGUUGCCCAAGCGCUCAAGCGAUAGAGUAUUACUUUUACAGAAUAGCUAGCAUAUGUUGCGUGACCUAUUUUCUGAAAUGUCUCGCCACUUCAGGUCUUUCUACUCUAUCUGGCACUUGACAUUCCUUCUCAGACCUAUGAUUCAGGUGUUCAGGGGUAGUGGGCAAGGUGCCCACGUGACCUGGCGACUUGGAAUUCCGUCUUUGACGGGCGGGGCUGCUUUGUCGCGUCUAACGAUUUACGUCAUUACUUCUACAAGUCUAACGACGAGCCAUUGCACAAUUCGCAUCACAGCUACAUCUUGCGACUUGCGCUAGCCCGAUACCACAUAAUUCCUUCGACUCACAAUGUGCGGCAGAUAUGCCAUGGCCCUACGGCCCUCCCAAGUCCGCCGAAUGCUCCAAAACGACUAUGACCUCCAGGUCGAUGACACCCCCGCCGACGAAGGCGACGGCGCCCCCCGCCAAUCUUACAACUUUGCCCCAGGCUACAACGGGGUAGUCUACCGCGCCGACGCCGGUGCUGGUCAUAAUUAUCACCAGGCACUGGAUGAACCACAAGAACAAGACUCCUCCCCCACCCCAGCCUUCAAACUCCAAUCCAUGAAAUGGGGCCUCAUCCCCUCCUGGAUCAAAUCCAGCCCCUCCUUUCCCUCUACCCUCAAAACAAUAAACUGCCGCGACGACUCUCUCGCCCAAUCAGGGGGUAUGUGGGCGAGCAUGAAGUCCAAAAAGAGGUGCGUGGUUAUUGCGCAGGGGUUUUACGAGUGGCUUCAGAAAGGCAAGGAAAAGAUUCCGCAUUAUGUCAAGAGGAAAGAUGGGAAGUUGAUGCUUUUGGCUGGCUUGUGGGAUUGUGCUUCUCUCCCGCCGCUGAAUGGAGAGGGGGAGGGGGAGACAAGGAAGGUGUGGAGUUAUACUAUUAUCACCACUUCGUCGAAUGAUCAGUUGAGGUUCUUGCAUGACAGGAUGCCUGUUAUUCUUGACGCGGAGUCGGAGAGGUUGAGGGUUUGGUUGGAUUUGGGGAGGAGGGAGUGGAGUAAGGAGUUGCAGGGGGUGUUGAGGCCGUAUGAGGGGGAGCUGGAGGUUUAUCCUGUUAGUAAGGAGGUGGGCAAGGUUGGGAAUGACGAUGCUGUUUUUGUAGUGCCGGUGGGGAGUAGGGAGAAUAAGGGGAAUAUUGAGAAUUUCUUUGCGAAUGCUGCGGCGAAGAGUAAGAAGAGGGAGCCGUUGAAAGGGGAGGUGGAGGUGGAGAUGGUGGGUGGGGGGAAAGAGGUGAAGAGUGUGGAGGAGGUGAAGAGGGAGGAUGAGGAGGGGAUGGGGGUUGUAGUGACAGAUGGAAAGCAAGGGGUGAAAAGAGAAGCGGAGGAUCAUGCGGAAGAGGAGCCACCGGGUAAGAAAGUGAAAGAGGAGGGUUCACCAAGCAAGAAUGUCAAAGAAGAGGGGCCGGUGAAGUGGGAGUCGCCUGUCAAAGAUAGACCAAAGAUCAGUGCGACGAGUAACAAGCACACGAGGAGCCCAGAGAAGAAGAAGGGCAAGGUUGCGCCAGCGGGGGCAGGAAGUCAGAAGAUUACAAAGUUCUUUGGGAAUAGUGCCUAGAGGUUUGGGCCAUAUUCAGAAUCAGGGUUGACCAACAAGCUGAGCCUUUGCUUCUUGCAAUCAGAGAAUCAGCCCGCACAUUCUGAUACAACAGGCACGUUCGUUCAAGUCUAACAUCUAUGGUACUCUUUUGACUGCGACUCGUGUAUAGAACUUCAACGCUGAUGAGGUAGCCACUUCACGAAAUGCCGCCUCCGAGCCCGAAGCAGUAGGGACCGGCGAAGUGGAGACUCAGCGCCGAUCCUUCAGCGGGACUGGGGGCAAGGCGGACCGGCCAGCCCGGGACGGGAAGAACCAGGCCGCCCUCAGGAGCAAGCUUGAAACAAAGUCAAUGCAUGUUUCCUUGAAAAUUUCAUCAUUCAAAAUGCCUCAUGAUGUCGUGUCGCUGCCUGUAGUGGGACUAUGUACAUAUCCAUCAUUUGACCUAUGCCGCGCUUAGCAGGUGAACACCUUGGG